AUAUAAAUACACGGACAUUGGCCCCUUCUUCCAUUCCAAUCAACGUUCGCCAUCGACACACACGGGAAACACCAGACUCGACCGACUGACCACGCCUUGUUGUACAACUACCUUCAGCAGCAAGAAUGUUACGUCUUUUGCUUCUUACUCUGGCGCUGUGCCAUGCUGUCUUUGCAUUUCCUCAGAAUGCCAAUACCGAGGAGGAACUUACCCGUGACUUGGAGCUGUUAGAGCGCGCUUUGGAAAGAAAGUUCAUGCAGGACGAGACUGAACCCGAGGGAGAGUCAAAGCGCCAACCUCAGGAUGGAAAGGUGCUCUCACCAGUUGAACAUGAUCCUCCUGUUACACUGGUAGACAUCGCCAAACCUCAAACAGAGCAGAGUUCCACUCUAAAUUUCAGAGGCGUAGAUUACGUUUCUGGUAACGCAGUGGACGGGAAUUUCAACUCGGCCCUGAUCAACGGAGGAACCUGCGCGCAUACAGAAACCGAACGGCACCCGUGGUGGAAGUUGCAUCUUCAUGAGUCUCACUGCAUUGCGCAAGUCGGCAUUGUGAACCGUCGGGAUGGUAGCUAUGUCCGUUUGGCCGGAGCAGAGGUGCUUGUAGGGGGAAUACACCGACUCGAGCGGUGCGGCUCCCCCGUCAGCGCCGAGUCGGCCAAUAUCCCCGGCGGGAUGAACCUCGUCAUUUGCGUUCCACCUAUUAGAGGAGAUGAGAUCGUUAUUGGCAUUCCUAGAGACGAAGCCACUUUGCAGAUUUGUGAGGUCCUGCUCUGGGAGGUCUCCACCUGCGAAUAGCUCUGGUACGAUCUGCAGCUGUCUAUAUGCCCAGGAGUGUAUGGAAUGGUCAGCAAACCAAGAAAGGAACUGGAAACUUUGGACGACUGAUUUUAAGACUAACAGUAGAAUAAGUGCACUAACAUCCACUCUAACAAAUAGUUAAAUUUCACAUUUAAGGUUUUUGACUUUUUCGUCAAUUUUCACUUGGAAAACUUCCAUUUGAUUUGACGCAUGGUUAAUGAACGUUAGUGUGUAACCAUUUUCAAAAUUCGAUAAUUUAAUUAAAGGGAAGACACAACAUUUGCAAACAUCAUGAAACGAAAUGAUCAAAUUAUAGCCAAAUAUAUUUCUGGACUGUAAGUGAAUGAUCGUUUAAAGCAAACUGUGAAAUUGUGGCUCCUUGUGUGUAUUGACACUUUCAAGAAAACUUGUAUUUUUCCAACGCUGGUCGGCCGACCAUCGUUGGAGAAAACUGAGGGUUUUUUUAUCUUUAGUCAUUCUGCAUUAACUUUGCAAUUGAUUACACAUCUGUGAAGGAGAACAAGCCUUCUACACUGAUUCUCUCACCUAACAAUUCCCAAUGUCUAUA